AUUUCAUUGUCAGGUAGAAUCUUGAAAAGUACCCAGUCCCUGUGAGUGGGCCUAUCACUCGGCAAAGGCAAACACGAGUAGCCUAUUCAUUAUUCAUGUCAUUGCAGUUGCCCUGUUAUGAUACAGUCCUAUUUAGAGUGGGCUACCUGAUUUGCUCAGCGCGUCCGUCAAAGCGGUGCGUGGCCCUGCGUCGGCUGGCUGCGCGCUCUCAUAGGUCGGGCCGAGAAGAAUCGAGGAGGGUUGGGGGGUGGGGGGAGAAGCUCUGUGCGCGCCUACGAGACUGCGCGUCGCAAGAAGGGGGAGAGGUCCAGCUGCACAAAAAAAAAAGAAUAAAUAAAAAAAGGAAAAGAAAAAAAAGAGGAGUAGGAGGUGGGGGGAACAAUAGCAACAUCUCGUAAACGGUGGCAGAGAUAAGAGGCGAGGGGGCGCCGCGAAGCAGGAGUUGGAGAGGCAGCGGCCCCUGCCUGUCCCUCAGAAAAAAGGAGGAGGGAGAAGCGCGGUGGGAUCGGGACAUGCUGGCUGCUCCGUAGCGCCUUUCCUGGAAUACGAAUUGAACAUGGAGCGGCGGCGGAGAGGAGAGUCGCGCUGUCUCCAUCACUGAGAGGCGCGUCCACCUGCUAUUACUGGAGGCCCGGGCUGCUGCUGCUGCUGCUGGAGGUGGUGUUGGUGGUGGCGGCGGGGAGGGUGGGGGGGAAGACAUGCAGGGGAAGUGUUUGCAUUUCGGGGGAAAGACGCAUCUCUGAAACCGACCAGCCGAGGAGGAUCCCAUCGAGAAAAAACCCCACACUUUGUGCGCUCCGGAGGUGGACUAGUCAAAAUGCUGUGCAAGCGGUGCGACAGUGAGCUGUAUUGAUGGAUGUGUUAACAGACACUUGUCUCACAUUGAUGGUGAAGACUUCAGAGCUAGAGAUUCCAAAUGUGGAAAACACAGGGGUAUGUGAGCAGAGUGGUGAUCUGAGUCUGUGCGGACUCGUCAAUGCUGCUCUCCCUCCAUCCUCCUCGCCUCCUCCUGCCGCAGAGACUUUGCAGCGGGCCUGCAUAACACGCCAGAGGACCACUCCUACAUCAGCAUCCCUUCGCCUGCCUGUUGGCACAGACCCCUCUCUCUGCCUGACAGUGGCCCCCUGCCCCGCCUCUGAUGAUGCUCCAUCUGUAGUCCCCCAUCUCCUCCACUCUUCCACGUCGCUUCCCGACCUGACUGUAAGCACCUGGAGUCCAGCAGGAGACGCAAAGAAACCCCCCCCUGCACUGCCUGUCUCCCUGCCCCUGUCAUCGACAAUGAUGGAGCCUGGCCCCGUGUCCGCUCUGACAGAGGAAUGUCUUCUUCAGCCAACAAGAAACUGCCUUGGCUGUUACAUCGAAACCCGUGACGCUUCGGAUGCUACUGCCAUCCAAAACCCAUCCCAUGACCCCAACCCCAACACAGACCCCGGACUAAGUGUUCGGAUAGGAGAUGUAAGCCGAGAAGACUACUCGGACAUCAACAACAUCAGCAUCCAGUGCCUGAGCCAUGCAGGGGAGACAACCAGUCACUAUGGGGAACAGCUCCUCUCUGACCAGCUACUCAGCUUUCCCCUGCCCAAAACCUCCAGUGAGUGCAAGAGAGCAGAUGGCAACAAAGCAACAGUGGACUGUGAAGACCCAGAAGAUGAUGCCACGGCUAAGAACCUGUAUGAGGGACUGUUACUAGACAAAGUCAGUGGAGAAGAGGCCCUGCUGGCGAAUGCGGGUCAGGACUGGGGCUACUUUGAGUCCUUUAUCAGCGAGAGUAAGAUGGAGCUGCUGGACCUUUGCUCCAAGAAUGAACUGUCGGUCAAUCUUUUCUCUGAGGAGGAUGUUGACAAUCUCUUUGAUGAUGAAGAUGAUGAUUCAACGCUAAGCAGUGACGUGUGCUCGCUGAAGAUUCGUUACGAGUCCUUCCAGGACAACAUGAGAGAAAAGACAAAUGUGCUUCAGGAGGAGACGCAGUUUAACUUCUUCCCCAGUGUCCUGACCAACUGUGCCAAGAAAGAGGACGGAGCCCCUGUCUUGAAGAGGAGCACUGAGGGUCUGCAGCCCAAAGCUGACGAGCUCAUCAUGGUGACAGCACAGGAGGUGAAACCCGCAGAUUGCAGUGGCUCACUCGAUGACUCUCAAGGCUCCCCGAUGUCCACCUCCAAAGUCAGCUACCUAAUAGACUUCAACUCCACGGAGGAGUCAGGGGAGUUCAGCGAUGACAGCUCCUGCACUGGCUCCUCCUCAGACACGCUGCAAGAGGGCAGGUUCAAAAAGGGUCCCUCGAAAAGAUUUCUUAGCCCAUCAAACCCUCUCAAUUAUGGCCUACGCUCCAAGAGGAAGGUUCGAUACAGCGACGAUUAUCUAUAUGACGUUGAUUCGCUCGAGAGUGAAAAGAAUGCUGAGAAAAAGGAGAAACCGCCCUCUGGGCAGAAAGAAGAGGAGGACGUGGAUUGGUGCCCUAAAAAGCGGCGAAAAUCCUGCCGCAAAGAGCCACCUGUGGUCAUCAAGUACAUCAUCAUCAACAGGUUUAAAGGAGAAAGACUCAUGUCGGUGAAACUGGGCAAGCUGGACCCGGUGGAUUCGACUGUGAGCUUAAAUGCAGACACUGUGGGCAAAUAUGAGACACUGGCUCCUCUGAAGGCUUUCUGGCAAGAGAAGCAAAGAGAAAGGCAGGAACAGUUUAAGCUGGCUGCAAGAGAUAAACAACAACGCGGUUUUCAUCUAAACGGACGCCAUCAUCGGCCUUUCAAUUCUAGUCAUCCCAAAAGGAAAUACAAGAUUGCAAACAGGCUUAAGGUUCAGAGGAUUCACACUGUGGAGCAAUCAGCAACAGCACAGAACUCUCCCCUCUCUGAUCAGGGCCAAGGAAGUGUCACUAAAGAGGAGACCACCCCCACAGUAAGAGGAAUAAUAGCGGCCCCAGGCCUCCCCGUCACAUUAGACACAAACUCCAUCACACACACAGUCACGGCAAAGAGCCGCUCCCAGGAGAGGGAGGAAAGGGAGGGGAGAAGAUUGGGAGGAAAUAAAACAUUCAGGAUAAGGAAAUUCAAAAGCGAAGCCAGGCUGAGGAGCAAGAAAAUGAAAGAGGCAGAAGGAGAGGAGGGGAGGAGCGUGACAAAUGAAGCGGAUGCCUGCGUCUCUGCGGCACAGAUUGAGGACCCUACUGCGGGGUUAGAACAGGGAGGCAUUAGUUCAACCACAGCUAAACCCAAUUUCUCUGACAAUGCCACCACCACUCAGGCAUCUGAGGAAAAAUUCCCCUUUGUUUCAUCCACCUGCUCUCCUGACAAAGCAACCUCCUCAGAGGAGGUGGAGACAGGUGUCCCUGUUAUCCCUGGAGGCUACCUGCAGACCCUGUUAGAUGCCACAGACUCCUCCAGUGGAGCAGCUAUCUCCUACUUCCCGCAGCAGUCCUCUAGGCAGCAGUAUCCUCUGGGGCUGUCCCUGGAGGAGAAACAGUUUUCUUCUCUGCAACUUGCUCAGAGCUGCGUCCUCUCUCCUCCAUCUGAGUCAGAGCUCCAGCAGUCACCGCAGAACUGCCCCAGCUUCCCCCAGAUGUGGCACCAACAACUGUGUGCAAAUCACAGCCAAAGCUUUGGGCCCGAGACCCCCGACACUCCCAUCUUACCCAACAACUUCCCAGCUGCGGUGCCCCUGAAUGACAACCUGCCAGUAUCUAACUACAGCCAGCUGAGCCCGGAGGCUGACAGGCUGCUUUAUGAGAAGAGCUACCUGACUGAGGCGGGGCUCCAGCCUGGGGCUGAUCUGCAAGUGUGUCAGUCUGCCUGUGUGGAGGGCCAGGUGCAAUACCAGAGAGGGUCCCUGAGCACAGACAAUGGUAGGCUCAUCAGUUAUGACUCAGUGGGCUCUCUGUCAGCCUCCUCCAGCAAUUAUAGUUCUCUCAGCCUCAAGUCUUGUGAGCGGGAGGGCGAAGAAGAGGGCCGGGACGGCUUCUUAACUCACUGCAGUCCCAAACUGGUGAUUCAGCAGAGUGUAGAUGCCCUCACGCCACUCAGGGAGUCCUCUGACUUGCUGGAUAUCUCCAACUUCACUCCUGACAAGUUCAGACACUCGUCGCUGUCAGAGUUGUCCCCUCCUGAGACCCCCAACCUGUCCCCACAGGUGGUGGGGCGUGAGAUGAAGAUGGCGGGAAAUGUUGGAGAAUACCAGGAUGCAAACGAAAUGACUGUGGACUGUAACAUGGAGGUGAAGUGGAACUGUGAGGCCAUACAGCAACAGGAGCGCACAACAAAUGCAUACAUAGUGGAGGACGGUCAGUUCCCACUGCACAGCUUUAACAGUCAAGAAGUUGCAGGUUUGGACAAGAAAGACAAGUUUGACAGCCAGGCCAGUGACAUGUUGGAUGGUGCAAAAAGCAUAAAGUCAAAGAGGAAAAGCAGUUGCAAACAGACAACCGCAGGACAGAGUCCAAAGAAAGCCCGGGCCCCCAGAGCUCCCAAGUCCGAAAAGGUCAAAACCCCUAAGCAGAACUCUCGGUCCACCAAAAAGAUAAAGGCCAUGUUAGAAGGGAAGGCAGCAAAGAACCAGGCAGGUGGUUGUGGCACAGGCCUGACUGACAGUAGCAGUACUGGGGACUGGUCUGGCACUGGCUGGUCUGAGAGUAACAGCCUGGUAGGGGAUGACCAGAGAGAGUUUGAGGAGCCUUCCAACAUUCUGUCCAACAUUGUCUCUGGCAUGGCCGAGGUCCAAAGGUUUAUGAUGGCCUCUAUCGAGCCACUGUGGAAUCCCAUGUCUGAGGCCUGCAUGCCCUCGGAGGCCAACAGCCUCAACCUUAAGACCCUCAAAAUCUUGGCAGGAACAGAGGCCGACCUGAAGAAAAAAGGAGCCGUACUGACGGGGGCUGGCAGAGGCAGGAAGCCCGGGGGAAAGGGAGUGAAAAACCAGGCCAAAUUCAACCCCUCGCAUCCCUUGUUCCCUCAGCUAGCAUUGGGCUGUAACAUGUUUGACAAACCAAACUUUAUUAACCCAGGGCCCGCGCACAAAAAGCUAUACCGCCACAAGACCAGUGCAAAGUUCCCUCGGAUUGAGACGUUGAAGGGGAAGCGAGCUGAGAGAGACCCAAAUAAGGACAUAGCACUGAUGACUUCUUUUGAGAAACUGAGAAUAUGGAUGUCCUGUUGUUGCUGUCCUUCAUACACUGCCUGGCUCAUUUCAAGAGGGAAAUCUACAGUUAUUGAGCCCUGUUUAAAUCCAAGACAUCUUAAACACACAAGAUGGGACCAUUUUGUAUUGAUGACAUAUCAGACGUUUUUUUUGUGUUUUUUUUUUUGUUUUUUUUUGCUAUUGUUUCCCUCCUGUUCUUAAGGUUGGAAUAACUCCCCCAUUCCCUUUUAUCGAGCAUUUCUUUUUCCUUCUGGAGAUGAACUGAUGAUCUAAAUUAACAUUUUUACGCCUUGCAAAUUCAUAAAAGCUCCACCCUCAGAGUAUUUUUGUCAAUGUUGUUGUACAGGGACAUGCAAUAUUUGCAUAAAAAAAGAUGAUUAUAAUCUUAAAAUCAAUGUGCCAAAAGUAACAAUGCUGUGUAAAUGACCUCUUAUAUAUGUGUGAAUAUUGGCUGUUCCUCUUUUCUAUCCAUUGGGAAAUAUUGGCUGCUCGGGUUGGAGGCUCCUCACAGAGACUUGCAACUACAGGAAUUCUGUUUCUUAAUUUUUUUUCUUUUUUUUUGAGACUUUUUCCUCUCUACUCUGAUGAAAGGCACCAACAGCUGGCAGUGGUACGCCACCACUCUCUAAACCAAAUCUGUAUGACUGAAUUCUCUUCGUGUCCCACCCACCCCUUGCUUUGCUUGCCAAAUUCCGUUUACCUCAACAUUGCCUGGCACUGAGAAGCAACAAAAGAGAGGCAAAGGGAAGAUGGGCUCUGAAGCCCACUGUAAAGGAAGGGGAUGGAGGGAAAAAAUGUAAGAUGUUAUCAUCGGCUCCCUUUUUCUGGACCACCUUUAGUGGAGCGAACAUGGCUGAGGGUAAAGCAAGGGAGUCACUUGUCACUUGGGGCUGUGCCUCACGAGAUAGCUAUUUGUACUGGAAAAUUAAGAGGAAUUGAUUGCGUCUAUAAAUCUGAUGCGUGCAUCAGCGGAGAACAGACAAUUUUUUUUGCAGUAACUGUGAAUAUUAAAAAAAGCAGUUUUCAGUACAAAUGGAACCAGUAGUCUUGUAAAUGAAGGAAACGCAUGUCUUUGCAUUCUAUCUUGCCUGAAACAUUUGAAUUUUUAUUGACAUGGUUAUGUAAUUCAUUUCUUAACAUUGCCUUACUUUCUGAGUUGCACCUCUCGUAUUUGUUUGUUUUUUGGGUUGACUCUUCACAUGAUGUCCCAAUUGAGCUGUUUCAUUUACAUUUUGUAUUGGUUUGGGUUUUAAUGUUGCCCCAUUCUGAACUUUAUUCUGAAAGCAGAAAAUAUAUUUAAGGCCACAAAAGAACUGCACAAAUGGAAGAAAACUACAUAUUUAUAAAUGUAUAUGGGUAUUAUCUAAUGCAGUGAAUUCCCUACAUUAUAAGUUACUUUGGGCUCAUUCACUACCUCAGAGCUGAUAUAAAACAUCCGAAAUCCA